CGCUACUUGUCACUGAUCUGAGGCAAUGUGCAGCACAGCCAGUGAAGAUACAAAUGGAUCGAGCCGCUUUCUCCGCGAUCUUGACAGGAGCUGCUGCCAUACAUUGCAGUCCCAUCCGCUUCAGUACGCCUCGAAAAUCAUCUUGAGGGUUGCGCUCGUCAGGGAAGGCCCUCGAUAUGUAAGCAAAUGCAUAGGGGGUGUGCAUGAUUUUGGCGUCCAUUGCAUCGCGGAUGAGGAAUUCAGUCUGCAAGAUGUCGUGCAAUGGGGCCAGAAGCCAUCUUCGCCCGAGAGCAUCAGCCCUCAUACGCGCACUAGUCUUCUAAGCAUCUCCAAGCGCGAUCGCAAGGAUCACAUCCUCUUUCAAUGGACCAGCCUGGAGUCUGAGCACAAGGCUUGUGAAGUAUUGCUGGAAGGAGAGCCUUGGGCCGAGGAGCCUCUUCUGACCAAGAAACCGUGCACGUCGACGAGCGGUUCCGUAGCAACAGUACCAGAAUAUUCUCUCGCUAUCGAAUUAGCAGGGCGUCGGCAAUCCGUGAACAGUGUCAGCACAGAAGAGAGGUCUGUAAAAGACCUGCCUGAUUUAAUGAAUACAGUGCGUAGCACAAAGGAGGCUCCAAGAGAUGCAAUGUGCAGAGUUAUCGAUCUCGCACGACGCCUCGAUGAGUUGGAGCUUGACAUUUUCGCCCCAUUCCUGGCGGAGGGACCGACUGGGAGGAACCUCAUGCACACGAGGACAGCUCAGUAGGCUUCGUGCCAAGAACGUGGGGUGCUCAAUGAAGAAAACACUUGCGUGUUGCACCGAGUAGUACAGACGCAUCUCUGUGCCAUGGCAAGUCUUGAAUGGUUGCAGAAGCUCAGAGGUAUCAGGUCAAAGUGGGACAAGAGAAUGGUGAAAGACAAUGCAGAAAUGUUCGCUUACAAGGACAAGCAUACGUAGUACUACUACAUCUAGCUAAAGACUCAAACAGGUUCAGCAUCUGCGUACAGUACAGUAUGCCAAGCGGAGCG